AUGUCGAACAACGCAGGUCUCUACGAUCCCUACGUCCAACGAGGAGCUGGCUCCGAAGCAGCGCCGGCGGCGAGCAAUGCGCGCACGCAAGGCCUUCAAAAUGAAAUUGAGGGUGCUGUCCGGACAAUGCAGAACAACAUCACCAAGAUCUCAGAGCGUGGCGAGCGCCUCGAUAAUCUCCAGGACAAGACGGACCACCUUUCCACCCAGGCGAACAGCUUCCGCCGUGGUGCUAACCGGGUGCGCAAGCAGAUGUGGUGGAAGGACAUGAAGAUGCGCAUGUGCAUCAUCGUUGGUGUCAUCAUCCUCCUGAUUGUCAUCAUUGUGCCCAGUGUCCUCGCUGCUCAAAAGAAGAACUAG